AUGAUUGUCAAUAAUCCACCGUCAACGGGUGGUCCAAGCAAAAAGUUUUUAGAACAAGUGUUCAGCCAAUCAGCAAGAAGACGGUCUUCAUCCACUCCUAGCAGGGCUUCCCAUCUACGUCGUCUGUUUGGAGUCAACGACAACUUGGGAAGACCGGCUGUAGUGAUUCCUCCAGCCCUUCAGACUCCGUCUCGUUUAACUGGUCAACAACAACAAAUGGCACUGUCAAUACCGACAGCGCUGACGAGUCAAAGAAGAAGAUCAACGUUUCUGCAGAAUCCUCAAUCACUGCAGACUAAGGCAUCGCUGCAAGAGCUGGCUUUGUUUCUGCAGCUGCUGCAACGAAGGAUACUGCAAUCAGCCACAGCUGCAUCUGCUGCUUCAGUGGCUCCAGCAGUUGCCGUCGAUAGCAUGAAUAAUAAGAAUUUAGAUCAACGUCCAUUAAGAGAUAAGAAUUACCAGGCGUUGAUUCUGCAAGAAAUAUUAGAUUUCCUAAUCACCAAUAAGUUUGAACUGGAAAUGAAUCAUCCUAUACAACCUCGGACAUUUAAACAACCAACUCAAAAGGAUUUUGUACUUAUAUUCAAGUUUCUUUACUUAAAGAUAGACCCACAUUACGAAUUCCAAAGAUCUAUCGAGUUGGAAAUCCUACCUAUUCUUAAAAGCCUUGGAUAUCCCUAUUUAUCACAUAUAAAUCGUUCACAUAUCAGUGCAGUUGGGGGCCAGAAUUGGCCUCAGUUUUUAGGUCUAUUGUAUUGGAUGGUAAAGUUUAAUAAUGAUAUCGUGGACAUCAAAUAUAAUGUUGGGAAUUGGACAGAAGUCGAUGAUGAAGUUGACGCCUUAUUGAAUGAUUAUGUGCAUAGUUGUUAUCAAGAUUUCCUCCAGCAUGAUGACAAUGUUGAUGAGCAUUAUGAAAAAGUAGUUGAAGCAUUUGAAAAACACUCUGAGAAAAUAGAAGAAGAAAUCAAAAAAUAUGAGCAGAUUAAUGACGAUGCCUUAAAACAAUAUGAACAUCUUUCAAGUCAUUUGCAAAUGCUUGAGGAAGAAGAAAAUGCCACUAGGUUAUUAGAAUCUGAUAUUGUAAAGCUUCAAGCAUAUGCUGAAAGAAUGGAGGCAUAUCGUGGAACAUGGGCUGAAAACCUAAAUAGUUACCAAGAUGAGCAGGACCGAAUUAAAGAUGAAUUUCUCAGAAUAGAACUUGAAAUCAAGGAAAUUGCAGGGGAGCUACAAUCUAAGGAGUUAUCAAUACUGGCUAUAGAUGAUUUAUUCAAAGACCGUGACGAUAAAUCUAAAUCUAUUGCACAAUUGGGUGCCAGAGAAGAGGAUAUCAAGGUACGUGUUGAUUCAAUGGAGCAAGAACUUCUCAAGAAACUUGAGAAUUUGCAAACAACAUUAAUGCAUUAUAAUGAAAUGGUUCGUGGACUUGCAUCUUCAGGUUAUGAUUUUAGUAUUUCCUUCAAUAGUGAACAGAUUUGGAGAGCAGAUGGAGACGAAAAACGCUUAAUCUCUAAGGACUUGACGGAGGAAAGGUCAAAGCUUAUUCAAUUACGAAAUCACUUGCUUCAGAAAACACAUGAUCAUGAGGAAACUUAUUUCAAAUUAGAAGAAGAAAUUUCAACAAAGCAUGAAGUUAACUUGGAUCAACGUAAUCAACUUGAGCGUAAAGAAGCUCAAUUGUUUACUGCCAAAAUGGUUUAUGACGAAGUCUACACCAAAACCAUGGAAGCUUCUCAGAAGUACCUGACAGAACUUGAACGUUGGGAAAGACAAAUGAAUGAGAUGAGACAACAAGAAUCCAAAAGUGAUUUUGAACUUGAGAAUCGACUCAGACGUCUUCAAAUGGAUCAUGAUGCUCUUGAUUUGAAAUUACUUCGAGAGAGGAACGAGCUUGUUGGUCUUGCCAACCAGGUUACCUCCAGAUGCCAUAAUCUUCGGUCUAAGAUUGGAUUGGGGAUAUUGGAGCUUGACGAUGCUCUUAACUUGGAGCUCAGUAACAUUCAGGAUAGUCUUGAACUUGAAGGGGGGUCGUCAGUACCUGUUGGAGGAGCACUGUCAAUUGGAAUUGCAACUACUACUGGCACCGAGGAAAUUGUAUAA